AUGUGCGAUUCAAGUCAACAGGUUAACAUGGUCCAACGCACUGACUUUUCGCUCGCAAACCUUUUGAGUUUUUAUGGGUUAUGCUUUUUUUGUAUCUCGAUCAUGGUCUUUUUGUCGGCUACACAGCCGAUAUUCUUGACUGAUGUUUUGGGAAUACAUACUAGGCUGGGAAGCUACACUGGUAAUCUUACAUUUGCAGAUGAAGUUCUCACUAUGAUUUUGGCCCCACUUUGGGGUUCUCUUAGUGAUAAGAUUGGCACUCGACCUAUCGUUGUUGCUGGAAUGAUUAUUGUGGGUGUGUCACUGUUUGUGUUCACCGUUGCCAAAAAUGUUUACCCCGAUAUGCUGUUCCUGCGCCUUUUUUUUGCAGUCGGUGCUUCGGCCUCCGGAUCUAUGAUUACAGCUAUUCUUUCUGAGAUCAGUACUUUUCGUGUAUCACCUACAAAGCUUGUGCGCAAAUUUUGGCUCAACACCAAGGCCAACACACUCAAGCAGAUUGAUAGACUCCGUGGUCGUUCCACCAAGCCUGAGCUUUCCAUUUCUGCCGACGGACAUAACGAUCCGUACCAUAAUAGUAACUCUCCACUGAUUUCACAAUAUACUGAUGGCGAAAGUCAUGAUGAAACUGAAGCUGCAACUUCUUCAGCCGCCGCAGCCGCGCCUCUCCCCCAGGAGCCAUCUCCUUGGGCAGGCACAGAUCCUGAGUCGGAUGACGAAUUUCAAAAUGGCAUCAAAAGCAAUAAUAAUGGAUCCGGUUUUUACGGUCGCGGGGAUGUUGAAACUGAAGGACAUGAUGACGAUGAAUUUUUUGAAGUAGUACAGCCAGGAACCCGUAAUGGCAAAGGUACGGCUAUGGUUGGUGUAAUGACGGGGUUGGGUGCGUGUUUUGGCGCGUUUGUGCUGGUUGCACUACCAAUGCGCUUGCGCUUGAACAACGGUCUUUCGCCAACAGCUGCUGUCAAAGUUGCGUACUACAUUGUGGGAUCGAUUGCACUGUUCAUUGGUUCUCUGCUUCUUUUGGGUCUGCACAAUGACCGCACUAAGAAGAUUAUGUAUUGGUUGACUGGUCGAAUUCCGGAAGCGGAUCGGGUUGCGCUUGGUGUGGAGACGUCAGCAGAGCAAUCUACGGUUACACCGGAUGGGCAAGUGAUUGAGCAGGUAACACCAUCUUAUUUUGAGUUGUUGAAGCAGGGAUUCUCUAUUGCGCUAGAAGAUAAGCAGAUUGCACUUGCGUAUUGUGGUGCGUUUAUUGCACGCUCUACGACAGUAGCCACUGUCAUGUUCAUACCCCUUUUAAUCGCUGCUAAUAUGCACGACGCAUCACCUCGCUGUGCUUCAUCUAGUGUUCCCGCUUCAGAACUUUACGGUACUUGUAAGCGAGGAUACGUGCUUAGUUUUUCUGUUAUGGGCAUGACGCAAACUUGCACACUCUUGUUUGCACCAUUAUGGGGCUACACUACUGAUAGGUUUGGGCGCAAGGUUACAAUGCUUGUAUCAAGUGUUAUUGGCGUUAUCGCGUUUUUGGGUUUUGGAAUUUCGGCCAGUACCUCUGCGGAGUUGAUUUUGUAUACUGGUGGUAAUGACGAUGCUGACAAGUCUUCUUCAGCACUGGCAGGAGCUCCUGGGGGUGCUAUGCUUGCCAUUUAUUCGCUGGGUAGCUUGAUGGGUGUUGCUCAGAUUGGGUCCAUUAUUUCGUCCAUGUCAAUGUGCACUGACACAAAACGAGUAUCGAGCGGAUCGAUUGCUGGAGUGUACUCAUUUUGCGGUGGGUUAGGAAUUUUAGUGCUUUCCUUUGUUGGAGGUAGGCUUGCCGACUUUUUCCCAGGUGCACCUUUUAUCAUAAUUGCCAUGUUUUACCUUGUGCUCAUCGGUCUGACAGUGGCACAGAUGCCUGUACUCAAGGAUCGCCUAGAGAGGAUGAUUCCAGAAAAUAGACAGAUUUCUCUGGAAGACGAUGACAAUGAUAAUCACGGUGACAGUCCUUCAGAAACACCUCGGCAAACAGUUUUCCAGUCAGCAAAAUCAAGGUUCGAUUCGUGGUCGCCUUUAUUAAAACAUCCAAGUACAUGGAUUCCUGGAAUAAACUCCCAUGGACAAAUCAGAUUGGGAAAUGAUGAAAGUGUUAUUCAUUAUGAUGACUAG